AAAUAUCAAGCACACGAUCUUUUCUUUUCUGAUUUUCCCUUGAAUACAAUGAUGCUUUGAAAAUAUAUGAUUUACUUAAUGAAAAUAAACGAGAAGUCUGAUUUAGUGGUAUUCAACCAGUAAAAGCAAAUAAUGUAUCUUUUUCCCGCAAAUAUCUAACGGUGUCGAAGUAAACAAUGUCGUUGUUGAAACUUGGUAUUUGUCCGUCAUUGGAUGAAGAAGUGUUAGAAAAGUUGAAAUCCAAGAACAUUUGCAGAAUAACAGAAUUUAUAUGCAAAGACCCUGAAGAUAUAGCUCAACUAACCGGUGUAUAUUACAAGGAUGUUGUAACAAUCAGGAAUGUGAUCCUGGCAAAGUACAGCUGUAUAUCAGUGAAUGGAUGUGACUUUUAUAACAGUGUUGUAGAGUCUACAACCAUUUUAUCAACUGGAAUAAAAAGUUUGGAUAAUCUACUCGAUGGCGGAUUGUACACAGGGGAUGUCACAGAAAUAGCUGGGGAUAUUGCUGUGGGCAAAACACAGAUCUGCCUCAAUGUUUGUGCAGCAACAGCUCAACAGAGAAAUCAAACUGUGGUAUAUAUAGAUACAGGUGCAGCUUUCUCAGCGAGCCGUGUACUUCAGAUGGUAACAGACAGUUCAUCUGAAGAAAUCCUUACAAGAAUACAGGUGUAUGAUGCCUUCACUGUACAUGCAGUGUUUGAUGUGAUUGAUAGUAUUGAAUGUAACAUUCAGACAGCCAGAGAUCCUUUCUACAACCAGCUCAAGUUGAUUAUAGUCGACAAUAUUGCUGCUGUUGUGUACCCUUUCCUUGGGGGAAAUUCAUUUUCAGAAAAUCAAGGCCUUCUCUCUCUGCUUGGACAGAAGAUGAAGUCACUGGCUGCUGUAUACUCUGUUGCUGUUCUGGUAACAAACAAUCUAGUGAGAGGCGAAUCUGGCAUUAAGACUGCAUCUCUUGGCCGGCUGUGGUCUCAUAUCCCUCAUGUAAGGUGCGUCAUUGCUGACUCGGAUAAGUACAUAGACGGAAGACGAAAUUUGACUGUAGUGAAGAAUUCACGAGGGGUAUGCAACACAUGUGGACAAAUUAAUAUCCAGGAAAAUGGCCCCAUUACAUAGUGCCUGGUGAUGAAACAAUUAGGCAUUUACAAUAUCGUUGUGACAUUGUCCCUGGCAAACCGUUAGUCACCGACUGCCAUUGUGACGUCUGAGAAAGAAGAGAUGGUAGAUUUACGAGGGAGAUGUUAUUGACUGAUAGAUCUCAUUGAUUUAUAAAAAUACUGAAGUAUCCAGUUUUAUGGCGAUUUUCGCCAAGUGUUGGAUGUUUAAGUGUUGUGACUUAAAUUUGCUUGUUUAAGUGUAUUUGAUAUGCUGUGCUGAAGGUAAUUUUCUUAUCUAAUUCUGACCAAAGUUGGCUGAUAGAUCUGAAAUUAUGUGUUAAACAGAUUUCAAGAACUAUAUAUGUAUGAAAUAAGUACUUGGUAAAAUUCUUAUGUUUUACUGUUAAAAAUGCAUUUUGGGUAUUAUAUAUGUUGAAAAAAAUGCA